UCACUAAACGCGGAAGUGAACGCUUAAAACUAAUGUAAACAUUUUGUGGCUCGAGUGUUCCUGAAAAUAGCGGUUUCUUGGACUAAGGCUAUAAAAACAAAUUAGAGGGAUUUUCAUUGUCAGUGAAUUCGCGUCUUACAGGUGGUUACGGUGUUAUCGUUAUCAUAUAAUUAUUUGGGCUUGAAAGCUUCACCAACGCGAAACAGAUCUCGUUUCCUGAGAACAAUGUCUGUCGAUAUCCACUCCCAGUUAGCGUCCAUAAUAGAAAGGUUUGCGAAGGGAGCGUUGGUAGAGAUGACCAGAAUCAUAGAUAAGGACUCGGCGCUUUUACGAGCGGAGAUCGCGCGGAGGCAGAUGGAUGUCGAGGCGCUUUUGUGCAAGCUGCAGUACGCGGAAAGUGAGCUGAGGUCUGCGCGUCAGGCUGCUGCUACCCGCCAGUCUGCUCCCAACCGCCGCUCCGUGGCUGUACAAGUUACCAUCUCGGCUGCCCUGCAAGGUAAAGUCGAUCCUGAAGUCUGGGGGUCAUCAAAGAACCCCGAGUGGAUCAUCUUUCUGGACUGUAAGGAAACGCACACAAACGUGCACUUGGAUGAUACUUCUGUGCAUUCUUCCGACUCGAAGCCAGAGGAAAGAGCCGAAUUGUUUCAGGUGAAGGAGGAGAGGACCGAGCUGAAGCCAUGGGACAAUGCAGAUGAGAUAGAGGAGACUCGUGUUUGCUGGGAGGAGGAGCAAAAUGCAUCCAAUACAUCGGGAGAAGGUCUUAAUGAAGCCAAACCCGGUGUUAUUUGGGACUCGGCCGAUCUAGAAGACUUCACCAUGAGACCCGAGGCAACACAAGACACCACUAAUACAGUUCCUGAACCUCACAGCACAAAUACAUCCCCAAACUCAAGAGAGGAUAACGCCACUCAAUAUCAGUAUCAGCAAAGCACAGAAUGUGAUUUCGUUCAGCAAAGACCCAAUCGGUUUACGAAUGCUAACACCGCAGCGCUUCCUCCAAUCAGUGAGCAGAGGGUUGAUGGGGCGGGGGAGAAGAGUUCACGGUGCGAUCAGUGCGGUAAAACUUUCACCACGCGCUUUUACUUGAAAAUCCAUCAGCGCAUCCACACGGGCGAGAGGCCCUACACCUGCCUACAGUGUGGCAAGCGCUUCUACUGCAACUCUCACCUCAUUUCACAUCAGCGCUGCCACACGGGAGAGAAGCCCUACAGCUGCGAGGAGUGCGGCAAGUCGUACUCCCAUUUAAACUCUCUGAAACUGCACCAGCGAAGCCACAACGAGGAGGAGAUCUGCAACUACUGGUGACUUUGAAUCCCAUUUUUAGCCUUUUUUGGAUUUUCACAAACGCACACGGGUGUGCCGAUUUAAACAAUUAUACAAAUAUGGCGCAAAAUGUAAGAGACACAGUACAUGUGGACUAUGUAGACUUCUAAUUUCACUUUGAAAGAAAAUGGAAAAAUUUAUAAGCAAUACAUUGUGAUUUAGAAAGUCAAACAAAGACAGAAUUGUGAUCCUACUGUAAACCCUUUUCAUAUCGACACAAAGCCUAGUCUAAAAUUUUAACUGACCGCUUUAUUUUCCAUUUAAAUUAACUUGAUUUGGAUAGCCAAAACUUUGGUUGCUUUUUUUUUUUAUUCAUUUUGAAUGACUUUUAUGUAGAUUACAUGUAAACGAGUCUUGCAUCCAUGUGUUCAGUAUCACAUUGACUAGAGUUAAUAUCAGUACACACCUCAAAAGACCUUAAAAUCACUUGUACGCUCUUAGAAAAUGUUCCCCGUCACUGGCAUUUGUACCGUUAGUAUAUAUCUUUUCUAUAAGGUAUAGCGUACAUAUAAAGCUUUUAACACAAAUUAUAUAAAGGAUCGAAAAUCGUUUUUUAAAGUUACACCCUAUCACAAAGACACAUUAAAGUUUUUACUCCCAGUGACGAGCAAAUGUAGUACAAGUGGAACACGUGUUUCCAAAAUCAGACACACAACCCUGUCUUUCACAGAGACUGCUGAGGAAGGAAGUGAUUCGGUUUCAAGACCGGUCCCUGUCAUUCAACAUCUGCUCAUCCAUUCUUAUAGAUAGUGAUUGAGUGUCUGAAACGACAGAAAGUUGAGUGAGUUUCUGAACAACAAUUAAACAGUUUGAGUUGUUUGUCAGAUGAGUUUAGCUCCAGUCACUAAACAUACUAAUCCACUACAUAGUCUAAUCCACAUCAUUUUGCUGUGAGAGAAAGUUUUUCUGAAUUGCGUUCCGAUUGGACUGUUCCAUUUGGUCACGAUUCACUACAGUCAAUACUGCGAAAUUGUUUGUUUUGGUGUCGUGCGUAUGUUUUAAUUUCUUUCAAUUUCAACCUGAAAGCUGAACUCUGUGUAGCAUAUCAUUAUUGACUUUUUGUUUUUCAUUCCUGCUGGUUAUGAUUGACAAGCGACCCCCUACAACCAUUUUUGAAUUUGAAUUUAGAAAAGUUUACAAAAGUACAUGAGAAGACCUCGCAGUUAAUACAUAAUCACUACUUAUUUUCGGUUUUACUAUAGACACAAUUGGUUUGUGGUAUGUUUUUAUUGUUUUGUGGGGGAAUUUCCGUUCUUUAUAUGAUAGCAGUUCAAUUUGCUAAUCCCAGAUUCUUGAUAAAUAUCACACCACACCACUCUGUUCAAACCUGCAACUAAGCAGAUCUGAAUUUGAUGUAAGAUUAUUAAGUUAUUUAGAGUUAUUUAUAGAUGUUGACCCUAUUCACUAUUCAAACAUAAUUUCUGAUGACUGUGAUAUUGAUUUGUGCUGGUAGAGUUAUAGUUAACUUUGCACAUGCCAAAUUAAAAUGACUGAAUUUUGGCCUUUA